AUGAAGCUUUCCAACCAUUCAGUGGUACCGGUAUAUACGAUAUCUGGCUCCUCUACCGCACGACCUCUUCCAGAAUGGCUUGCCAGAAGACGGAAGCGAAGCUUGAAGGCGGACGCAGAGUAUUCAAACCGGGUGGAACUGCUUCAAGAUUUCGAGUUUGAAGAAGCAAGUCAAUGUAUCCGUGUCAGUGAGGAUGGACAGUGGGUAAUGAGCACAGGUACCUACAAACCACAAAUGCAUGUACAUUACCUUCCACAUCUAUCGCUCUCAUAUGCCCGCCAUACAAUAUCCUUAAAUACAACGUUUCUGCUCCUGUCAUCAGACUAUUCAAAGUCGCUACAUCUUCAAUCGGAUCGUUCGUUGGAAUUCCAUACUCCUUCCGGAUGCCAUUACACCACGCGCCUACCUCGGUACGGCAGAGAUUUAGUGUACGACAGGCAGUCCGCGGAAGCGCUCACUCCUGCUGUCGGAGUCAAUGAGAAUGGCAUGGGAGAGGUGUUUCGUUUAAAUCUAGAACAGGGUCGAUAUAUGCGCAGUUACGAGGUUGAGGUUGGAGGAGACGAUUUCACAACUCUUGGUGGAGGUGCUCUCCAAGGUGGUAUACACACCGGAAGUGUGAAUACAGGGGCAGUGGCCGAGGAAAGCCACAACCUGCUUGCCUUUGGGACGUCUAUUGGAACCGUUGAGCUUUGGGACCCUCGCGCAAAAGCAAGGGCUGCUAUCCUUUCACCCUACACCAAAGAUAAAUCCGAAAUCACCGCCCUGGAAUUUAACAGAUCUGGCCUCACCCUUGCAACUGGCUCAUCUACCGGUCUCAUUCAUUUAUAUGACCUUCGAUCACCAAUCCCUCUUCUUGAAAAGGACCAAGGUUAUGGGUACCCCAUCCACACAUUAACAUUCCUUACCUCGUCUAUAUCGACACGCGAACAAACAAGUGAUCCGAAAAUUAUGUCAGCAGAUAAGCGCAUUAUCAAAAUAUGGGAUCAACGAGAUGGUACUCCAUGGACGUCCGUAGAACCGGCGGUUGAUAUCAACAGUGUAGCGUGGUGCAAGGACAGUGGCAUGAUACUAACGGCGAACGAGGGGAGGCAGCAACACUCCUUUUUCAUUCCACAACUCGGACCAGCACCUAAGUGGUGUGCUUUCCUGGACAACCUUGUUGAAGAAAUGGCAGACGAUCCUAACGACCCACACGCAUUUGUCACCGGCCAAUCUGGCUCUGUUUACGAUAACUAUAAGUUCCUCACAGUUCCUCAGCUACGUGUACUGAACUUGGAUCAUCUUAUUGGAACUACAACACUGUUACGCCCAUAUAUGCAUGGUUACUUUGUUGCUCAACGCUUGUACGAAGAGGCACGAUUAAUUGCAAAUCCAUUCAUAUGGGAAGAAGAAAGGGAUAAGAAGAUUAAAGAAAAGAUUGAUAAAGAGAGAGAGAGCCGCGUUCGUGGAAAGAAGAAGGUUGCGGCGAAAGUUAACAGGAAACUCGCGGAAAGGCUGCUUGAGAGGGAAGAGAAGAGAGAGCGACUCCAAGCACAGAGGGUACUGGCACAAGGAGGCGACGAGGCUACUGAAAAAGAAAAGAAUAGCUCUGGCACUACCGAGCCCAGCACUGGUGGUUUACUUGGGGAUUCGCGAUUCAAUAAACUAUUUGACGACCAAGAUUUUGCCAUUGACGAAAACUCGAGAGAAUACCUUCUCACACACUCAGGAAAUGCUCCAGCAGCAACUGCUAGACCUGAGAGAGGGUUGACGGCUGUUGAGGAGGAACUUAUCGACGAGGUACCGGGCUCAAGCUCAGACGAGAUGUCCUCCGAAGAUGAUGAGCCUCGAACAGCGCGAGAGCCUUCUUCGAAACAGAUUUCUACCGCCUCCUAUAGGCGAAAUAAACCCAAACAGCCUCAAAUGCAAGUGACCUCGUCUUCUAAGGUCUCACGAACUCACGACCAUUCCUUUGAGUCCAGGGUUCGCAAACACCAGACCAAGAAACGACCUUCAAUGGGUCGAUCUGGGGGAGAAAAGACAAUAACUUUUGCUCCACAGUCGAAGCCUAAACCCAGGCCAGCAGUUGACAACAUUGAUCGAGUGAGUUACCAAAAGAAAGAUCGCAGAAGCGCUUCCGGAAAUACGUUUAGAAACAUGUAG